AUGUCAUAUUCAGAUUUUCCAAUUCCUUAUGAUUGGCCUACUUAUUUACCAAAUUCAAUGGUGGCAAAAUAUUAUGAAAUGUAUGCAGAACAUUUCAAACUUCAUAAAUAUAUUAAAUUUGAUACAUCAGUUUUAAAU